AUGAACCAUCCAGAAUCCCUCAGGUUCAACAUAACCAAGGCCAUCUUGCAGCACCUGGUGAGAGCACGGAGGUGUUUGCAGCCCACUCCUCCCCCCUUCCAUAGCUGCUCAACCCUCUCACUCACCUUCUCUCCAACCUCCCCAUCUUGGCCCUCUGAUGAAGAACACCAGUAUUGGCCCACUCUUCUUUGCCUGCUGACUGACCUACCUCAGGACUUUAAUUUCAGCUUUGUGGCAUUUCCAGCCAGUCUGACAAGACAUCUUCAUGACCAGUCUUCCUUAUGUCCUUAUCCACAUGCCCCCUUCCUAGGCAUGAGUAGGACAGAUCAGCCACCAGAGCAGAUCUCAUCUGCACCCAUUGCUCUGAGCCCACAGGCACUGGGGUGCACACAGAGCAACUGUACUGAAAGAUUUACCAACAACAUAGAGUUUAAAAAUGAGACAAUGGUUUCAAAAUUCAUUUUUCUAGGCCUGACGAAUGACCAAGAACUUGAGCCCCUCAUCUUUAUCGCAUUCCUGGUCAUGUACCUCAUUACCAUCCUGGGAAACCUGCUCAUUAUCCUAGCUGUCACCUCUGAUUCCCACCUCCAUACCCCCAUGUACUUCUUCCUCUCCAACCUGUCCUUUAUUGACAUCUGUAUGAGCACAACCACUAUACCAAAGAUGCUGAUGAACAUCCAAACACAGGACCAUAGUAUCUCUUACACAAGCUGCCUCUUGCAGGCAUGCUUUGUCUUGACUUUUGGUUGUUUAGAAAAUUGUCUCCUUGCAGUCAUGGCCUACGACUGUUAUGUGGCUAUUUGUCACCCUGUGAGGUACAGAGUCAUCCUGACCUGGUACUUCUGUGUCCUGUUGGUUCUACUCUCCAUGCUCACUAGCACUGUGCAUGCUCUGCUCCACACUCUGGUGGUGUUGCGCCUGUCCUUCUGCAUUGACCUAGAAAUCACUCACUUCUUCUGUGAACUUUCUCAGGUCAUUAAACUCACCUGCUCUGACACCCUUAUCAAUACCCUUUUGAUAUAUUCAGCAGGAAACACAUUUUUUGCUAUUCCAAUGGCUGGAAUUAUUUUCUCUUAUACUAAAAUUGUCUCUGUUUUGAGAAUGCCUUCAGUUCGGAUAAGGUAUAAAGCUUUUUCCACCUGUGAAUCUCACCUCUCUGCUGUUUUCGUAUUCUAUGGGACAAGUUUGGGUGUGUACUCAGGUUCUGAAGUCAUUGACUCUUCUAUUAAGAAUGCAGUGGCUUCAGUAAUGUACAUUGUGAUCCCUCAAAUGAUGAACCCCUUUAUUUACAGUUUGAGAAACAAGGAAAUGAAGAGAGCUCUGAUGAAUCUCAUCAUUGAAAACCUUUUAAAGUCUUGUGUCAUUGUUUCUGAGUCUCGGUUUCUAGAAUGUGUUGAAUUGACAAGACAACAGUUGAAACGGAAAGUCAGAGGGUUACAUCAUCGAGUUCUUGAAAGAUAA